AUGGGUAACCAACAUUCUGAACAGAGAAAUAAUGAUUCAUCAAAAGAAAAAUCAGGUUUAUCACCUAUUCCAGGUGUAGUCAUGAAGUGGGGAACUUGUGCAGAAUGUAAAAAACCAAACACUGGAUGGAACUGGUGCCAACAAUGUAAUUCUAAACAUUUCCAACGAUGUUUUCAAUAUUGGACUAGUAAUAAUGAAAUAAUAGAUGAAUUCAUAAGAGAUACACAAAUGUUAGCAACAACUCAUUCAUACGUAUUUGAAUGGAUACCCUAUAAAAAAUUUUAUAAGAUAGAAUAUAUUACACGUGGAGGAUUUGGUAAGGUUUAUUCAGCAACCUGGUUGGAUGGCAGAAUUAUGAGUUGGGAUUCAGAUGUUCGAUUGUGGAAACAAUAUAAAUAUAAGCAAAAGGUGGCAUUGAAAACUAUUUAUAAUGGGAUGACAAUAACGCGAGAAUUUUUAGCGGAGAUCAAAUCACAUGCAGAACAUGAUGAUCCAAGUUAUAUUGCUAAUUGGUUUGGAAUCUCACAGGAUCCGUUGAGUAAAGAAUAUAUAAUGGUCAUGAAAUAUUAUGAACAUGGAAGUAUUCGUGACUAUUUACGAAAUAAUCAUAUAAAUUGGUUACAGAAGAUGAAGUUUAUACGGCAACUAUCGUUUGCUCUUUCCACAAUUCACGGAUGUGACUUUUGUCAUCGAAACCUUCAUACCGGAAACAUAUUAGUUGAUCAUUUUCCAUUUGCCAGGAUCAGUGAUUUGGGACAAGGCCAUUUAAUCGACACUCGUGAAGAAUCUGGUUCUAAAAAAAACUUUAUAUUUGGUGUAUUGCCUUACAUUGCACCAGAAGUGUUAAGAGGAUAUGUAAAAUACUCAAAAUCAGCUGACAUUUACUCUUUUGGUGUGAUAAUUUGUGAAAUAUUUUCAGAACAACCUCCAUUUAACGAUAUUGCUCAUGACUUUCAGCUUGCAAUGGGUAUUUGUAAAGGUGAUCGGCCACAAAUCAAACAAGAUGUUCCAUCACCUAUUGCUGAAUUGAUUAAAUUAUGUUGGGAUGGCGAGUACUAUAAACGCCCAACAGCAAAGCAACUGGUUGAAAUUCUUGAGAAUGCAUUAGAAAAUGAUUGGAAGAUACCACCGGAGCUUAUGGGUGAUGAUAAAAAGAUUGCUAAUGAAAUCAAAAUGUUCUUGAAAUCUCACGGGAAGGAAACAUUAUCUGAUUUUAAAAUAUAUAUAAAAGAUCAAAAUAAUAAUCAUCCGGAAGCUAUUUAUAAAAGUCGAGAAUUGGACUUUCCUGAACUAUCAGAUUCAUAUGAG